AUGCCACAGGGACCCGAGGGCCCCCCGCCGGCCAUGCCCGACCUGCCGCCACUGCCGGAGGCCCAGGAGGCGGGCGAGGGCCUGGGCAGCCGCCUGGGGCCGCUGAUGACGAUCCCGGACGAGGAGAGCGGCCCUGAGUUCGUGAAGAGCCCGCGGACGCGCAGCCGGCACAAGUUCGGGGUGCCGUUGGGAUGGGAGCGGUACUGGGAGGCCAGCAGAGACGUGCGAGUGGAGGAGAGGGAUGCGACCUUCCACAUCUACACUGCGGGCACCGGGGGCCCCCUGCUGCUGUGCUUGCACGGCGGUGGCUACACGGGAUUGACGUGGUCGCUGCUGGCUCCGAGGGUAAAGGACACUUGUCGCAUUGUCGCAAUGGACCUCCGAGGACACGGCUUAACCAAGACAAAUGAUGACGAAGACCUAUCUGCUGAGACCCUCUGCGCUGAUGUCAUAGCCCUGUGGAAAGCCCUGUGCAAGGAGGAGUCACACUUUUCCACGGUACUGUUGGGGCACAGCCUGGGUGGGGCCAUGGCCAUCAGGACAGGAGCAACGGGUAAAAUCACAGGGCUGCAGGGCCUCAUCGUGAUUGAUGUUGUGGAGGGAACUGCUCUGGCCUCUCUCCCUCACAUGAUGAGCGUGCUCCACAAGCGCCCCAAGGAGUUCGACUCCCUGCGAGAGGCCGUGGACUGGGCGCUGUGCAGCCACAUGUCCCGCAGCGAGGAGGCUGCCUCCGUGUCUGUGCCCAGCAUGCUGCAACAGGGGCCAGAGGGCGGUUCCUGGCACUGGCGGACCCCGCUGUGGGAGAGCGAGGCACACUGGAGGGGCUGGUUCACCGGCCUGAGCGAGCUGUUCCUGGCCGUGAAGGCACCCAAGCUCUUGGCCCUUGUAGGAACCGACAGGCUGGACCGGGAACUGACGAUCGGCCAGAUGCAGGGGCGGUUCCAGAUGGCCGUGCUGCCCAGCUCGGGCCAUGCGGUGCAGGAGGACAACUCGGAGAAGGUGGCGGAGAUAGUGCAGAAGUUUGUGGAGAGGUUCAGGAUUGGGAGGCAGCUGCCUGCCAGCGUUUGGGUACCUGGGCGAGGAGGACCAGGCUAA